AUGACUAUGGACUUUGUGAGUGGGUUACCAUUGACAUCCACUACGAAUGAUUCUGUUUGGGUCAUCCUGGAUCAGUUGACUAAAUUUGCUCAGUUUCUUCUAGUUAAGACCGACUAUUCUUUGCAGAAGUUAGCAAAGUCAUACAUCUCCAAUAUAGUAAGACUGCAGUUUGAGAGAGUGAUUCAUGUAUUGGAGGAUAUGCUACGGAGUUAUGUUAUCAAUUUCUGUGGUAGUUGGGAGGAGUUUCUGCCACUGGCUGAGUUUGCAUAUAAUAAUAGCUUCGAGUUCAGUAUUCAUAUGGCACCAUAUAGGGCUCUUUAUGAUAUUAAGUUUCGUACCCCAUUAUGUUGGAUUGAGUUGGGUAAGAGGAGGAUUAUGGGUUUGUAUUUGGUUUCGAAGACUGAGCAUAAGGUUAGAUUAACUCAGGAUCAUCUUAAGGCAGCUCUUAGUAGACAAAAGUCUUAUGCAGAUCUGAAGAGGAGAGACAUAGAGUUUGCUAUAGGAGAUUGGGUUUUCCUUAAGACAUCUCCUUGGAAGAAGAUCCUUUGA